GCCAGGCCAACCCGUGUCGUGUUGCUAUGUGCUGAGCGGAGGGGAUAGGCGCGGGGGCGCGUCCGUCACGGGGCAGCCCCCUGCCCGGACCUGGAGGGAUGCGGAGUGGCGGGCGGCGGCGGCGGCAGUGGCGGAGACUGUGGCUUUAAGAGCGCGCCGGCAGCGGGCGAUCCAGCCGGGCGGUCCUUCGCUGCUGCGCACCCCCGCGGAGCCGAGCCCGGCGCUGGCCGGACGGGGCAGCCUGCUGCCGGGCUGUUUGCCCAGUGGUAAUGCAGCUAAUGAGAAGAACCCAGACUCAAUCCAAGUUCAUCUGCCUCUAGAUCCUGCGCUGAUGACUACACUGCUGUCCACUCUUCCUGUGUGGCAGAUCAGAGAUCCUGGGUCUUUGCUGCCUUCUUUGGGUUCUGGAUUCUGGCAAAAUUAGGCUGGGCUGCUGAGAACCAGCCCUUGACCUCUACUUGAGGGUCCUUCCUCUGAAGACGUCACCAGUGUGUGGAGCCUGCCCCACACCCACCCCCUGCCAAACCACGGCCUUUACCUGUGUCUUCCGGUGUUUCCCGUGCGACCCAUCCUGUGGGAGUGCCUCGUGGGCUGGCCCAGAGCUCACCCCACGCUCAGCGGCGCCAAUGGUGAAGAUGACAAGAUCCAAGACUUUCCAGGCGUAUCUGCCCUCCUGCCACCGGACCUAUAGCUGCAUUCACUGCAGGGCUCACUUGGCCAAUCAUGAUGAACUCAUUUCCAAGUCGUUCCAAGGAAGUCAAGGACGAGCAUACCUCUUUAACUCAGUAGUUAAUGUGGGCUGCGGGCCUGCAGAAGAGCGAGUGUUGCUAACAGGACUACAUGCAGUUGCAGACAUUUACUGUGAAAACUGCAAAACCACUCUGGGCUGGAAAUAUGAACACGCUUUUGAAAGCAGCCAGAAAUAUAAAGAAGGCAAAUACAUCAUUGAACUAGCACACAUGAUCAAGGACAAUGGAUGGGACUGAUUCGACAGCAUCUGCCCAACCCAGUGUCCACGUGAACGCCAUCCAACUGAACAUUCUACCCAAGCGUGAGAGAGUGACUGAACACUUGGUUCCAUCCAUUUAGGGGCCUUGCCAUCGGGGGCAUCCUCCCACACUGACGCCAUCUUUCUGGUGACCGGCCUCUAAAUUGCUGUCUCUGUCUCUUUGCUUUGUAUCUGUUUGUGAGUUGAUCCUGGCUUCUCUCUCUGUUCUAGUGUUGGCUGAAAACAAAACAACAAAAGGAACAGAUCCUUACCACAUGGCGGCAGCCCACCUUGAAAAGGGCCCAAGGGCCCAUGCAAGAGCUGCCUGAUGGCCUCUUGUCAGGAGAGCAGUGGCACAGCACGUGGGUGUUAGGAAGAGGGAAAAGGGGGAACCCCAAGCGUCCUGGGAAUGGGCAGGGGGUGGGAGGGUGGAAGCAGGAACAAAAUUGCGCUGCUCCUAGAGACCCAGUAACUUAGGCUUGAAAUAAUCCACCUAUUUAAAAGGACAAAGAGAAAAAAAAUAUAUACCUCAUGGCUGCAUUCUCUCUGAUCAGAUUCUGUUCCUGAUACCGUGUGUGCCAGGAUAGCAAAUGAGCACAAGCAGUGGCCCUAAUUCUAGCUGACAGGGCAAGAGCCUGGUUCUCUUGGGCUGAGCUGGGGAAUGUCCUCGCAGCAGUGAGUGAGGUGGGUGAAGUCCUGAUGGGUUCCGAUCUGGUUCCUCACUCAGCCUCUGGGCAAUCAUCUCUGCUUCCUUAGCCACUGCAGGUGAGCGCAGAGGGGACUGCCAUUUGCAAUGAGCGCAAGAUGCGCAUGCCCCGAAGGCUUUGACCAGCAACCAAGUAAAAUCAGUAAUUGAGACAAGCAGGGAAUAAGAGGGGGGCUGUAGCUUGGGAGCUCCUAAAGAAAUGGCUCAGAUAUUGAGCCAGAAAAAUUAAAAGUAAAAUCAGUUAGCAAUUCUGACUGUCCUUGUUUCCUGACCCUUAGUAAUACUGAGUCAUAUUGCCAGGGGAGGAAGCCGACUGGAACAGUAUGAGGAAUAGUUCAGAUUUGAACCAGUCCAGGUUAGGUGUAUCUUUCCUCUUUGGAUACGCAGUGGCUUCAGUGGGAUCAGUGAUCGAUUGAUUGUGAUGUUUUGGGUCUUUUUCUCCACCUCCACGUUGUAGACUGUGGAAAACAAAGGCCCAUGGCCUUGAGCCUAGGGAUCACCUGGUUGGUGGGAUUCUCAUGGCCCUAGUUACUCUUCUUGGACCUUCAGUGUCUUAUGUGGAAACAAGUCUGUCCGAGUGGUCCAGCAGUGGGGAGGGGUUACAAGUUCCACUAUUACCCCCUUUGUCCUCCCCUCCCAUCCAAACUUCACUGUGUUAGGGAAGUGAAGAACAAAUCCCUGCAAGGCUUAUAAAAAAAGAGAAGUUUUUUUUUCCAUUUAAUCAACACUGUGACGUCUCCUCUGCAGCUUUUCAGCCAGGUAAAGGAUGCAUGACUGAAACUCAUCCAACCUAGUUAAUUUCGUUUCUUAGACUGAAAAUAUUGUAAAGAUACUUGUGGAUUAGGUAAUUCUCAGCAUCUCUUUCUCCAAGCAGGCUGCUUCUAUAGGAAAAUUCACCUUAACAGCCUCACAAAGUGAGUUCAUGGAGAUAAGAAUCUAUAAAGUUGAUUAAGAUUAAAGCAGCCAACCCAGGACAGGCUUCAGAAUCUCAUUGUCAGCAGAACCAAAUUCCUAUAAGAAAUGAGUCUAUAAUGGAAAUACCUCCAUGUGCUGAGAGUAGAAUGGGAGAUUUGAGACAGACAUGGUCCUGCCCUGCUACUGGCAGAUGGAAGGAUGACAGAAAACAGGGUAGUUCCAUGUUUAGCAAUAAACAUGCCUCUCCUCUUUAAGACAGAAGGAUUUCUAGAUAUUGAAUUCGGGCCAGGCAUGGUAGCAUACCACUAUAAUCCCAGCAACUUGGGAGGCUGAGGCAGGAGGAGCUCAAGUUUAAGAUCAGCCUCAGCAAUUUAUUGAGUCUCAAAAUAAAAAGGGGAAGGUAUGUAGUUUAGUGGUAGAAUGCCCCUGGGUUCAAUCCCCAGUACCAAGAAAAAAAAAAAUUGAAUUUUGUUCUUUAGGGCUUCUUGUCAAGGAUGCAGCCCUAGAGAUUAAGUUGUUCUCCCUACUUUAUUGCAAAGCAGACUGAGGUUCAGAAGUGUUUAAUUUCUGCUCCCAGAGAAACUGUCCUUUGGCGCCCAGGCCCAAGUUUUCAAACAUUUUUCAACUUUCACAUUCCUAAACUGGCUUGCCAUGACAGAAAUCACGGAUUUCCCCUCUUUUUCCCUCCUGAAGCAAGUGGCCUUCAUUCAUGGAUUUGACUAGACCCUUUGCUCAGGGACUAUCCAGGCUAUUAAGAGUCCAUUUCAUAAAAAGAAAAUGAGAGUUAAACGAAGGCAGGUGUUUUGUUUUUUUUAAAACUAUAGUUGGAAUGUAACGAUGUAUUGAAACUGGACAUGGAGUGUCCUAGAAUUGUCAAGGGGCAGAGGAGACCAAUGUGCCACUGUUCUUCUUUGGAGAUGGGGCUUUUGACUGUUGUAUGGAUCAGAGCAGUUUCCAGUCAGACCCUGCUUCUGGGUUUUUCCAGUCACUAUCCAUUGAGCAUCCAGUGGGUGCAUGGCACCAUGCUUGGUGCAAGAGAUCUGAGUGUUGGUUUUUCCAUAACUACAGGGGGAAAAAAACUCAUUAGGCUUCCCUUUGUGUCAGUGAAACCAAAAGUGCUUCUUAUACGUAGCUCCAUUUGUGGUUUGUCUAACAUUUAGCAGUAUUGGAGAGGCCACAGCUGAGCAAUGGAGAUCCCGUCAACCCAUGGCCUUGGUCAGUUUAUUCUUUAAUUUUCUCACCAAAUUAUUGACUCAGAGCAUAACCAAAGACCCCAUCCAUUCACCCUAAGCAGGUUCAGGGAAUUGGAGUUUGUUGAUUAAACUUGGGUUGGGUUGCAGGGAGAAGGGAAGAGGAAAGGAGAAGUGAGAAAGGGAAAAGCAGGAAGUUCUAUACCUCAGCUAGCAGCUGCCUUCAUUUUGAACUGAAGUUCAGCUGGCAGAUUUGCAUUCCAGCUGCCCUGCACCACCCUAGGUCAUACGGCCUUGGCCACCCUGAAGUGCACCCAGGCCCCCCACCCCGAUCCCUGGGAUAUUAGUCUCAGGCUGCUGAUGGGUUGAUUUGACAUGAAUCAAAUAGAGCCAAACUUGAUGCCCACAAGUUCUCAGCUGGGUCUGAGUACUACCCCAGCUCCUGUGACAGUUAAGAUCACAUAGAUAGGGUAAAGUUAGUCUUUACUGGUGGAUCAGUGUGUGCAAAAGAGGUGUCCCCUUUAUAAUAAGAUUUUCA